AUGCCUCCGGCGGCUGGGGCUCUGCCCCAGACCCCGUGGCACCUGCUUCGCAGGAGAUGCUGGGACCGUCAACGAAACGACUCGAGCGCAGCGAGAGGAGCAACGGGGUCUGGGGCGGAGCCCCAGCCGCCGGAGGCACAAUACUUACGCAGCGUUACCAUACAGACCGCCCAUGGCGAUGCCGAAGAGCGCUCGACAUGCCAGGAAUCCGCUGUAGGUUUGGGCGAAUCCCGUGCCGAUUUCCAAGACAAUGAACAAAAACAGAUUGGCAAUGAACGGCCAUUUACGGCCCCAUUUAUCACCGGCAAGACCAAAAAUGAGGGCGCCAACAGAUCUUAA